AAAACAAAGCAACAAUAAUUGACAAGUCUCUUUCCUUCAUCUUUAUCUCUUAUCAAGAACAUUGAGCUCUGUUCUUCUUCUUCUGACUCUUGGUCUGAUCUCUUACAAGAAACAGCACAAAAAUGGCGUUCGCAGGAACAACACAGAAAUGCAUGGCCUGUGACAAAACCGUUUAUCUCGUCGACAAGUUAACCGCAGAUAACCGGGUCUACCACAAAGCUUGUUUCCGUUGUCACCAUUGCAAAGGAACUCUCAAGCUUAGCAACUAUAACUCUUUCGAGGGAGUUCUCUACUGCAGACCACAUUUUGAUCAGAACUUCAAGAGAACUGGAAGUCUUGAGAAGAGCUUCGAGGGGACACCAAAGAUCGGAAAACCGGACAGACCUUUGGAGGGAGAGAGACCAGCUGGUACCAAAGUGUCUAAUAUGUUUGGUGGAACACGAGAAAAAUGCGUUGGUUGUGACAAAACCGUGUAUCCAAUUGAGAAGGUGUCGGUGAACGGGACAUUGUACCACAAGAGCUGCUUCAAGUGUACACAUGGAGGAUGCACGAUAAGUCCUUCGAAUUACAUAGCUCACGAGGGGAAGCUUUAUUGCAAGCAUCAUCAUAUUCAGCUUAUCAAGGAGAAAGGAAACUUGAGCCAGCUCGAAGGAGGAGAUAAUACCGCUAAGGACAAAGUGGACGCUGCUUGAAAAGAAAAAGAGAAACAGUUCAUUUUGACCCUUGAAGAACCAAUAGUGUCACUACCCUCGAUCGAUCCAUAACAUAUAAAUUGGUUUUGUUCUUCUUAAGUUUAUGUUCUUUCUUUUGGGAUCUUUGUUGUCUCCUAUGGUGAUCUUGUUCACUCUUCGUUGGCUUUCUUGAGAUGAAACAAAGAAACAUAUAAAUAAUGGAUAUUUGCUUAUGAGAAUAUACGUAUCACGUUCAAAUAA